AUGACGAAUGUCAUAAAUAGUGUAGAAAGAUUGGCUAAUGAUGAUUCUUGUCGAAAAGAAGAGACUGUCGCGACCAAAAUAAGUUAUUCUAAAUCUCAAUGGUAUCAACUAAGAGAGUUAGCGAGAUCUAUUAAACCAGCACAGGAGACUGCUGAUGAGUUAAGAAAACAAAUUGAGAUGAGAGUUAAAGUAAGGAGAAAAAAAUUUCAAAUUGAAGGAGAAAUACAAUGUAUAAGGAUUAAUAUAGAGACAUUAGAGGAAAAGAUAGAAGCCACAAAACUACGUAUCAAAGAAAUGAAAAUAAAAAGGAAUAAAAUAUUAAAAGAGAAAGAUAAAAUUGGAAAUAAAAUAAAAUCCUUUAAAAAGGAUAUUUCAGUUAUUGAUCAAGAGUAUUGUGAAAUGAAAAAUGCAUAUAUUUUUUCAAGAACACGUUUUACAAAACUUCGUACUGAAUUAUUUUUACGAAGACGAUUUAUGAUUAAUGAAUUACUAACUAUUUAUAAAUUUGAUAUUGGUGUAAAAUAUAAUUCCAAUUCGAAUACAAAAUUUUAUAAUAAACCAUGUAGUUGUGGAAUAUUAGAUUUUAUUCAUGGUUAUCAACAUUUACCAACUAUAAAAUGCAUAUCAAAUCAUUCUGAACAAGAGAUAGUUUCUGCAAUAAAUGAAUUAGUUCACCUCUUAGUUAUCAUUGGAGAAAUUUUAGGUUUUGUCUACCGGUUUGAAUUAACUUUUCAUGGCCUUUACUCAACAGUAAAAAGUACAAUAAAUAAUGAAAUUAUCCGCCUAAAUGAUGUUUUUUCUAAAACAAAUCGAGAUAAAUUUAUAAUAGGUUAUGGUUUAAUAAAUAAAAAUAUUGCUCAAUUAAGGAAUGAUGUAGGUUUAGUUACAAGAAGUGAAAGGACACUUUUGAAUCUCCAAGAAUUGUUAUGUUACCUUGCUAGUCAUGAUAUAAAUGAUGUUGAUGAAAAAGAAAAAUGUGCAAUAAAUGAUCCAUUUAAUAUAGUAGCAAUAUCUAGAUCAACAAAAAAAAAACCUAAGUAA